AUGGUCACCGAUAGUAAUGACCAGAAACCUUGGUUCGACAGAGCCGUCUACGUGACGAAGGUGUUCGAAAAUGUACCGAUUGGUCACAAGGUGCUACAACUGUCGACACGGGACAUGGACAUUGGCCACAAUGGUCGCGUACACUAUACAUUGAUCACGCCGGUAGACGAAUUCGCGGUCAACGACUUGGGUAUUAUCUUUACGACGUCGCUGCUGGAUCGCGAGAUGAUCGAUCGCUACAAUCUGCUAGUGCAAGCGAUCGAUUCCGGAUGGCCACCGCAAAGCUCGGUCGCGACGGUCAGCGUCCACAUUCUGGACGUUAAUGAUAACCCUCCACGGUAAGA